AUGGCUUCGAUACUUUUGCCGAAACGCUUCCGCGGCGAAACUGCGCCUACCGAGAAAACAACCCCAUCAUGGGCUUCCAAGCGACUUACGCCCAUCGCCCAGUUCAUCUCUCGCCUAGCAUGCUCCCACCCCAUUCACACCGUCGUCCUUGUCGCCGUCCUCGCGAGCACUUCAUACGUCGGUCUGCUCCAGGAGAGCUUGUUCAGCACCGAUCUUCCUACAGUGGGCAAAGCCGAUUGGUCUUCGCUCGUUGAAGGAAGCCGUGUCUUGCGCGCGGGUCCUGAGACUUCCUGGAACUGGAAGUCUAUUGAGCAGGACUCUGUCCUUGAAGCUGGCGCUGAUGCUGACCAUCUCGCUCUUCUGACUCUCGUCUUCCCCGACACUCUCUCAGCCGAAUCCUCCAGCAAUGCUCCUCGAUCCAGCCAUGUGCCUGUUCCUCAGAACCUGUCUAUUACACCUCUUCCCCCAACCGAGAACUCUUUCACCGCCUAUUCCCAGGACAGCAUCCUCGCCUACUCUCUUCCUUACGCUGAGGGUCCCGAGUUCCUUGCUGCUACCCAGGAGAUUCCCAGCGAGGAUGCCGUCGAGACUGAGACACAGCACGGCCGUGAGAAGAAGACAUGGAUCAUGAAGGCUGCCAAGGUCAACACCCAGAACAGCGUUAUCCAAUGGGUUAACAAUGCCUGGACUGAGUUCCUUGAUCUCCUCAAGAACGCCGAGACCCUCGACAUUGUCAUUAUGUUCCUGGGUUACAUUGCUAUGCACUUGACCUUUGUCUCCCUCUUUCUGUCUAUGCGAAAGCUGGGAUCCAAGUUCUGGCUCGGUAUCUGCACUCUGUUCUCCUCUGUAUUCGCCUUCCUCUUUGGUCUUGCAGUCACCACCAAGCUGGGUGUUCCCAUCAGCGUGAUCCUUCUGUCUGAGGGUCUUCCUUUCUUGGUUGUUACUAUUGGCUUUGAGAAGAACAUUGUCCUUACCCGCGCCGUCAUGUCGCACGCCAUUGAACACCGACGUCAAAUCCAGAACUCCAAGUCUCGCAAGGGAUCUCCUGAGCGUUCCAUGCAAAACGUUAUCCAGUACGCUGUUCAGUCUGCCAUCAAGGAGAAGGGUUUCGAGAUCAUGCGCGAUUAUGCCAUUGAGAUUGCCAUUCUUGCCAUGGGUGCUGCUUCUGGUGUUCAGGGCGGUCUCCAGCACUUCUGCUUCUUGGCCGCUUGGACUCUGUUCUUUGACUUUAUUCUCCUCUUCUCUUUCUACACUGCCAUUCUCAGCAUCAAGCUCGAAAUCAACCGCAUCAAGCGCCACGUUGACAUGCGCAAGGCUCUUGAGGAUGAUGGCGUCAGCCGCCGAGUUGCCGAGACCGUUGCCAAGAGUGACGGUGAUUUGAAGGGUGACUCUUCUCUUUUCGGUCGCAAGAGCAGCAGCGUUCCCACUUUCAAGGUUAUGAUGAUCCUCGGUUUCAUCUUGGUCAACAUUGUCAACAUUCUCUCCAUCCCAUUCCGCAACCCCAGCUCUCUGUCCACUAUUCGUACCUGGGCUAGCAGUCUCGGUGGUGUUGUUGCUCCUCUUUCCGUCGACCCCUUCAAGGUUGCUUCCAACGGUUUGGACGCUAUUCUAGCUGCUGCCAAGGCCAACAACCGACCUACCCUAGUGACCAUUCUCACUCCCAUCAAGUACGAGCUCGAGUAUCCUUCCGUUCACUACGCACUUGGUUCUGCCAUCGGUGGAAACGGCCCCGAAUACACCGAUGCUUUCCAUCACCACUUCCAAGGAUACGGCGUUGGUGGCCGCAUGGUUGGCGGAAUCCUCAAGUCUCUCGAGGACCCCGUUCUUUCCAAGUGGAUCGUCAUUGCCCUUGCUCUCAGCGUUGCCCUCAACGGUUACCUCUUCAACGUCGCCCGCUGGGGUAUUAAGGAUCCCAAUGUUCCUGAGCACAACAUCGACCGAAACGAGCUCGCCCGUGCUCAGCAGUUCAACGACACUGGCUCCGCUACUCUUCCCCUUGGCGAAUACGUUCCUCCUACUCCCAUGCGCACUGAGCCUAGCACCCCCGCCAUCACCGAUGAUGAGGCUGAGAGUCUUCAAUCGACUAAGGCUCGAUCUGCCGAUCUGCCCAACCGACCUAAUGAGGAACUCGAGAAGCUUUUGUCUGAGAAGCGCGUCCGUGAGAUGAGUGACGAGGAGCUUGUUUCCCUGUCUAUGCGCGGCAAGAUUCCUGGUUACGCUCUUGAGAAGACCCUUGGUGACUUUACUCGUGCUGUCAAGAUUCGACGUACCAUCAUCGCCCGCAACAAGGCCACCACCGACCUGACCCACUCGCUCGACCGAUCCAAGCUGCCUUACGAAAACUACAACUGGGAGCGCGUCUUUGGUGCCUGCUGUGAGAACGUUAUUGGAUACAUGCCCCUUCCUGUUGGUGUUGCUGGACCUCUUGUCAUCGAUGGCCAGAGCUACUUCAUUCCCAUGGCUACUACUGAGGGUGUCCUGGUUGCCAGUGCCAGCCGAGGUUGCAAGGCUAUCAACUCUGGAGGUGGUGCCGUUACUGUCCUGACUGCCGAUGGUAUGACCCGUGGUCCUUGUGUUGCUUUCGAGACUCUUGAGCGUGCUGGUGCCGCCAAGCUCUGGCUUGACUCUGAGGCCGGUUCAGAUACCAUGAAGAAGGCUUUCAACUCCACCAGUCGAUUCGCCCGUCUCCAGUCCAUGAAGACCGCUCUUGCUGGUACCUACCUCUACAUUCGUUUCAAGACUACUACCGGUGACGCUAUGGGUAUGAACAUGAUUUCCAAGGGUGUCGAGCACGCCCUGAGCGUUAUGGCCAACGAGGCGGGAUUCGAUGAUAUGCAGAUCGUCUCUGUUUCUGGAAACUACUGUACCGAUAAGAAGGCCGCUGCCCUGAACUGGAUUGACGGUCGUGGCAAGGGUAUUGUCGCCGAGGCUAUCAUUCCUGGUGAGGUUGUUCGCAGUGUUCUUAAGAGCGAUGUCGAUGCCCUUGUCGAGCUCAACAUUUCUAAGAACUUGAUUGGUUCCGCUAUGGCUGGUUCAGUUGGUGGAUUCAACGCUCACGCUGCCAACAUUGUCGCCGCCAUCUUCUUGGCCACUGGCCAGGACCCUGCUCAGGUUGUCGAGAGCGCCAACUGUAUCACCAUCAUGAAGAACCUCAACGGAGCUCUCCAAAUCUCUGUUUCCAUGCCUUCUCUUGAGGUCGGAACCCUCGGUGGUGGUACUAUCCUUGAGCCCCAAAGCGCCAUGCUUGAUCUCCUCGGUGUCCGAGGUUCUCACCCCACUAACCCUGGUGACAACGCCCGCCGCCUGGCUCGCAUCAUCGGUGCCUCUGUCCUUGCUGGAGAGCUGUCUCUCUGCAGUGCUUUGGCUGCUGGUCACCUUGUCAGAGCUCACAUGCAGCACAACCGAAGUGCCGCUCCCUCUCGCAGCACUACUCCCGCUCCCAUGACACCCGGUCUAUCCAUGACCACUUCGGCGUCAACAACAUCAAUGAGCGCUGCUGCCAUCCAGAGGUCAAAGCGAUAA